AUGCUCCUCCUCGGCCUCACUGGCAGUAUCGCCACUGGCAAGUCCACCGUCUCGAGAAUCCUGUCGGCGCAUCCAUACUCGCUACCUAUCGUCGACGCAGAUCGGAUUGCACGUCAGGUCGUCGAACCAGGAACAGCCGGUUAUAGCAAAAUUGUCUCACACUUUGGACCAUCAACGCCCGACCUCCUGCUCCCAGCAGACCCCUCUACAGGUGGUGAGAAUGGACCCAACGGCAAAGGCAGACCGCUCAACCGGCCAGCGCUAGGGCGUCGGGUGUUUGGUGAGGGGAAAGAGUCGGAUAGGAAGGUUCUAAACAGCAUCGUGCACCCGGCUGUCCGUCGCGAGAUGUACAAGCAGAUGCUUCAAGCAUACCUCAAAGGCCACUGGGCUUGCGUCUUGGAUAUACCCUUGCUCUUCGAGAGCGGUUGGGAGCCGCUAUGUGGAACCAUCAUGGUGGUAGCAGUCAAAGAUGCUGAAAUUCAGAUGCAGAGGCUACUUGCUAGAGAUGCACAUCUGACCGAAGAGGAUGCACGAAACAGAGUUGCCAGUCAGUGGGACGUCAGGGACAAGGCCGCAAGGUGUCUGCGUAGAGGAGAGAAGGCUGGAGUUGUUGUCUGGAACGACGGGGACCAGGAGCAGCUGAAGCGUGAGAUCGAUAGAGUCAUGGAAGUCGUGAGGGCAGGCUCUCCGUCCUGGUGGUCAUGGUUGCUCUUGUUCUGCCCGCCGCUGGCUGUUGCUUCCGGAACUUGGAGCUAUCUCAACGGCAUGUGGGUGAAANAGAGCUGGGAGAAUGAGAAGCUGAAAGAGAAGGCAAAGCUGUGA